AUGGCACCCGUUCAAUCUCGCUUCGUCACAGCAGGCCUCGCGGCAGGCCUCGUCGCCUCUGCCGCCUUCGUCGCGCCUUCCGCUCCGAGUGCUAAGCGCCAGCUGAGGGAAGGCACUGCAGCUCCAUCACCCGGCCGCACGGUGGCUGCAGAGAAGUCGGGCGAUGGCCUCGCAGCGUUGGCUGUGCUUGGUGCGGGCCUUGCCGCCCUGCGCGGCAACUCCCGCGUCCAGGCGAGGGCCGCGCCGGCAGCGGAGGCGCCAAAGCCAUCAGUCUUCCAGCCUUCGGAGCAGUUCGGCGCCACCGAGCCGUUGGGAUUCUUUGAUCCGCUCGGGUUCACCAAUGUUGGCGAUGAGAAGGGCUUCAGGAAGCUUCGUGUCUCAGAGAUCAAACAUGGCAGGGUAGCUAUGAUGGCUUCCAUUGGCCUGGUUGGGCAGCACUUCUUGAAGUUCCCCUUCUUCGAGAAAGCUCCAGCGGGCUUCUCCAUCAUGGACAAGGGCGAGGGCGUGCUGGGCUUCUUCGCCAUCUUCUGCGCGUGCGCUCCGCUGGAGCUGUGGUGGAGGGAGAACCCGGAGAAGGAGCCGGGCAACUACGGUGAUCCCUUCGGCGUCAACAUGUACAACGAGGAGAUGCGCAUGAAGGAGCUGAACAACGGACGCAUGGCCAUGAUCUCGGUGCUCGGAAUCUUCGCCGCAGAGAUGGCUACCGGCAAGGAUGCUAUGCAGCAGUUCGGCCUCCCCGCCAUUGGCGGCGCCCGCGUCUCCGCCACCUCCGGCAGCAGCUUCGCAGGAUCUACUUCCUCCAGGGUCAUGGCUCAGCAGCAUGUGGUGCGAAGGGCCGAGGCCGUCAUUCAGGAAGAUGCGCCGCCAUUGUUUCAGCCUUCGGAGCAGUUCGGCGCCACCGAGCCGUUGGGAUUCUUUGAUCCGCUCGGGUUCACCAAUGUUGGCGAUGAGAAGGGCUUCAGGAAGCUUCGUGUCUCAGAGAUCAAACAUGGCAGGGUAGCUAUGAUGGCUUCCAUUGGACUGGUCGGACAGCACUUCUUGAAGUUCCCGUUCUUCGAGAAAGCUCCAGCUGGCUUCUCCAUCAUGGACAAGGGCGAGGGCGUGCUGGGCUUCUUCGCCAUCUUCUGCGCAUGCGCUCCGCUGGAGCUGUGGUGGAGGGAGAACCCGGAGAAGGAGCCGGGCAACUACGGUGAUCCCUUCGGCGUCAACAUGUACAAUGAGGAGAUGCGCAUGAAGGAGCUGAACAACGGGCGCACGGCCAUGACCUCGGUGCUCGGAAUCUUCGCCGCAGAGAUGGCCACGGGCAAGGAUGCUAUGCAGCAGUUCGGCCUCCCUGCCAUCGGCAGCGCCCGCGUCUCCACCUCCUCCGGCAGCAGCUUCGCAGGAUCUACUUCCUCUAGGGUGAUGGCUCAGCAGCAUGUGGUGCGAAGGGCCGAGGCCGUCAUUCAGGAAGAUGCGCCGCCAUUGUUUCAGCCUUCGGAGCAGUUCGGCGCCACCGAGCCGUUGGGAUUCUUUGAUCCGCUCGGGUUCACCAAUGUUGGCGAUGAGAAGGGCUUCAGGAAGCUUCGUGUCUCAGAGAUCAAACAUGGCAGGGUAGCUAUGAUGGCUUCCAUUGGACUGGUCGGACAGCACUUCUUGAAGUUCCCCUUCUUCGAGAAAGCUCCAGCUGGCUUCUCCAUCAUGGACAAGGGCGAGGGCGUGCUGGGCUUCUUCGCCAUCUUCUGCGCGUGCGCUCCGCUGGAGCUGUGGUGGAGGGAGAACCCGGAGAAGGAGCCGGGCAACUACGGUGAUCCCUUCGGCGUCAACAUGUACAACGAGGAGAUGCGCAUGAAGGAGCUGAACAACGGACGCAUGGCCAUGAUCUCGGUGCUCGGAAUCUUCGCCGCAGAGAUGGCUACCGGCAAGGAUGCUAUGCAGCAGUUCGGCCUCCCCGCCAUUGGCGGCGCCCGCGUCUCCGCCACCUCCGGCAGCAGCUUCGCAGGAUCUACUUCCUCCAGGGUGAUGGCUCAGCAGCAUGUGGUGCGAAGGGCCGAGGCCGUCAUUCAGGAAGAUGCGCCGCCAUUGUUUCAGCCUUCGGAGCAGUUCGGCGCCACAGAGCCGUUGGGAUUCUUUGAUCCGCUCGGGUUCACCAAUGUUGGCGAUGAGAAGGGCUUCAGGAAGCUUCGUGUCUCAGAGAUCAAACAUGGCAGGGUAGCUAUGAUGGCUUCCAUUGGACUGGUCGGGCAGCACUUCUUGAAGUUCCCGUUCUUCGAAAAAGCUCCAGCUGGCUUCUCCAUCAUGGACAAGGGCGAGGGCGUGCUGGGCUUCUUCGCCAUCUUCUGCGCGUGCGCUCCGCUGGAGCUGUGGUGGAGGGAGAACCCCGAGAAGGAGCCGGGCAACUACGGUGAUCCCUUCGGCGUCAACAUGUACAACGAGGAGAUGCGCAUGAAGGAGCUGAACAACGGACGCAUGGCCAUGAUCUCGGUGCUCGGAAUCUUCGCCGCAGAGAUGGCUACCGGCAAGGAUGCUGUGCAGCAGUUCGGCCUUUAG